UAACCUCAUUCUAGUCACAGAAACUUUUCAUUAUGGUGCUUCGUGAACGUUUUGUGGAUAAAAAAAGGCUUCCCUAGAGCUCCAACAACUCCGGAAAUUAACAAUUAGCAAAGAAAAAGAAAGAAGAACACCAAGGUCAGCUUUUGAGUUCCAGAAUAUUCGUAGAAAUCCCCAAAAAUGGUUGCUCACGGCAAAUGCGAAGUUUGCGGAUGUACAAAUUUCAACGUCGAAGGGGGCUUCUACUACUGCACAGAAUGCAAUACACAGAAUCAGAAUAUCCGGGAGAUGGAGGUGGAUGCAUUGGACAUGACAAUGGGGGAUGUAAACGUCCGGGUGCAGGGAGUACGGCUGAGGGAGGAAAGACAAGAAAAAAUUGAAUUGACGUCCUGGGAGGAGUACAAUUACAUCCUGAUAGGACUGGUUAAUGAAGCAAUAGCACUGGGAGCCCCGGCGGAGCUUAAGAAGACAGCAUUGCAACUCUGGGCACGAUAUUUGCAGAGAAUCAAUGCAGGCUUCUUCACAAAGCAUGAUAUUGGCAUUCCAAAGCUGCCUACACGAUUUUUUCCAAAGGAUGCUAAAAUCCUUUACAAUGCAUCAAAGAAACUUAAAAGGAGGAGAUCCGCAUCAGUCUCGAGCAGAAGUACAAUGUCUCUGGCGAAGAGUUUGAAGAAGAAUCGUGUACUUCAGAUGGCCAGGGCGAAGACAAAGAAGGCCCUGAUGAAGGAACAAAUGGAACUUGAGUCAAAUGCCCAAUCCCAACCGGAUGGGACAUCGGCAACAAGUCCCACGCAAACAAUGAGUACAAAGAGCACAAAGACAGGUCGAACAACCAUCCCCCUGGCAUACACAAGUCGUGCCAGGCGAUCCCUGAAGCGUCGUAUGCCAAAGCAGCACAUCAAGAAGCAUUCGGAGGACACGGAUUUCUUGUUGGAGUGUCACAAGCCGAAUAGCAGGUACAAGACAGCUGAAGAGCACAUCGAGACGGUGUCAAAGACAGUCCUGCUUGGGAUUCUCAACAUUAGUCUCAAUCUCACAAAGAGCGACAUUCAGAUUUGUGAUUUGCUGCGUUUCCUGCGCGAAGGACACAUUUCCAUUUUCAAUAUUGAACACUUCUUCCCGGAAAAUGUGCUGGAGAAAACGAGACUUUCUUCUUUUGCACAUCUCGUGGGAAUACAUAGUUUUCCCACCUACAAUGGGCAAGCUGAUGUUGUACGACGACUCUGUAACUUCCUCCAUGUGCCCCAACUCAUCAAUCCGGACUUUGUGGGGUUGGUCCAUCGAUUCGUGCAGGAGCUGUGUCUUCCGCCUGAAUUGGGGAAAUUUCUCGAACGUCUCAUUACCUUCAGGCCCCCAGAGAUGAAAUGCCAAUUUAGAUUUUAUAUUCCACAUCACGUUCCCCGGGCAAUGGCUUACAUUCUGUUUGGUCUGAAGUUGUUCUUUGGACUCGAUGGGGUGACUGAGAAGAAGAUGUCUGAGUCAGCUGAGGCUGCAAAUGAGCUCAUCCGGAAGUUUAAUCUACCUCAUGGGGGAGUUUUCAGCUGGGAUGAAUGGGUGAAGUACAUUGAGAUGCGCUCCAUUAUCCUCACGGAAUACCACAUGCCGACAAAUAUUCUCUGGAAGGGAGAUGCGAGUGGGAACACACAGCGUUAUGCGGAAUAUUUGAAAUACUGCAAGAGAUCCACAACAACGAGGAAUUUUAUAGUUUCAAAAAUUAUCUACGAAGUCUAUGAGAAGCUUUCGACGCUGCGUGGGAUGAAUCCGGAGGAGAAGAGCAGCAAAUCCUUUAUCUUUGAACCCUCAUUGACGCCGUUGAAGUCCUACAUGGAGUACCUUGUGGAGAAUCAUCGGGAACAUUUGAAAAUCCCGGAAAUGAUGCUUGUUGAUCAUUCCCAGCGCUCUAUUGAACCCUUCCAUCGGCCCAGGAGGUUUUGCAAUCAAAUGGCUGAGAGGAACAUUAAGAUAAAUCUCAAGAGAGCUCCGGAAAAUGAAAAAGUCGCCAUGCAGAUAAUUUCAAAAAAGAGAGGAACGAGAAAAUUGAUACAAACGGAGAUUGUUGAGAAGGAGGAAGAUGAGAAUUACUUCCUUGGGCUGGAGGAUUUUCAGAAGGUGCAGAGAACGGAAAAGAAACCCAGUAAAAGGAAGAAGAGUGUCAUUGAAGUCUCAGAUAUUGAUUCAGAAACAAAUUCCGAGGAUUCAAUGCCACUGCUCCAGAGGCUGAAUACGCGAAAGAAUAGAAAGAAGGCUCGAUGGGGGUAUAUGUGUGAUGAUUCCAGUUCCGGGGAUUGCUACGUUGUUGGCAGAAAGGAUUUUAAUAGUUCCGAUUCGUCAGUUUGCACAGAUAGUGAUGUAAGUGCGAAAGUAACGCGAAGAAAGGUAAAUAAGAGGAAACUCAAUGAGGAGAAGGCAUCACAAAAGAAGGAAGAACCAAAGAAGAAGCAGAGGAGAGCAAAACAUGUGGUACAUGUUGAGUAUUCCGGGCAUACAGAUGGAAAAGAUUUACAUCAACAAUGUGAGACGAAUGGAAGUGCAGGAGAACCAGCUAGCAAGAAGAGGAUGAUUGCUGAGGAGGACGCAGGAACUCUUGAGAAUACGGAAGAUCAACCGCCAUUUCCGGAUAUUUCAGAUUUGUCCAUUUGGUUCACAGAAGGUUUCCCAUCUUGUGAACUCGAUCAAACACAGGAUAUCCUUCCGGAUAAUUCAGAAUCCCAAAUGAAUUAUCCAAUGCAACCCCCUUCAAUUGAUCUAAAUAUUGAAUCGCAGGACCUCUUCUCCGUUCGGGAUGCAUCACUGAUGACUCAUUCAACGUAUGUUCCAUCAAUUGAUAUCCUUCCGGAAACUUCCAUGGAUCCCGGGGAGAAGAUUCUCAAGAGACCACGAUGGAUUGUUGAAAGAACAACAUUGUUCAACGAUAUGAGUGAUGCAGAUGACGUAGAACUGCCACAAUUGGAUGCAAAAGCUGAAGAAAUGACUUUCUUUACGCCCAACUUCAACUAUUGGCAUCACUUUCUGCCCAUUGAUGCGAGAACGAAUUGGGGUGAUAUGAGCUAUGAUGAAUACGGGGAAUUCUUCCCAACAUUGCCACCAUCCUUCAUGUGGCUCCUGAAGCACUGUGCAAAAACCAUCGAAGCCCCCAUGAGGGUACUCUACCACGAACUCCUGACCAUUGAGAAGGAAUUCACGUUUGUCAUUGAUUCCGUGGAUAACAUAAAAACGAGGAUACUGAAGAGGAGAAUCCUCAAAAAGCAUCAAGGGAAACAUUUUACAGCUCAAUGGUAAAUAAAUUUUCCAUUCUUUUUUGUUUAAUUUCCCGGAAAAUUGGGCCUUUUCCGGGAGAAAAGUGUGUCAUCCCGGUGAGAUGAGCAACAGCCCAAUUUUUGGACACUGACUCCCGUGACAUGGUUUUUGCGUCACACAGAAAGUGUGGAAAUUUCAGUGAGUUUCCUCACAGCGAGAGGCGGAAAACUCCCACAAUAUUUUGAAAUAAAAAAAGUGAAUUUUGUGACAAAAAAAACCGAAAUGAAUUUUUAAUAAAUGAAUUUAUAAUAAAAAAGUUGAAUGAAAA